CCAAUCCGUGGGCCAAAUUACAUAAUCCAAGGCCCAAACCAAACUUAGAAAACCCUUCUAUAAAAGUUCAAAUUCCACAGAACUGCGAUUUCCUAACAUUUCUAGGGUUUCUCUGCAUCUCAGCGGCUCAUCUCCAAACUGCAGCCAUGCCGUCCCACAAGUCGUUCAUGAUCAAGAAGAAGCUCGCGAAGAAGAUGAGGCAGAAUCGCCCCAUCCCAUACUGGAUCCGUAUGCGCACCGACAACACUAUCAGGUACAAUGCGAAGCGCAGGCAUUGGCGCCGUACCAAGCUCGGGUUCUGAGGUGUUUUUCCAUUUUUCUGGAGUAAUUUUACAAUUUGUUUUUCUAUUUCAGUAGUAGUUUUGAAGGGAAUGAUGUAGGAUUGUUUCUGGAACCCUAUGUAAUGAGAUGCUUUUAAGAGCAAUUGAGUAGUUAUACUAUGAUUCACGUUUACUGUGAUGUUUUCUA